GUGUAGGACCGCCCCGUCCCACGUAAUGACCCAAAGAGAUAAGGCCCUGGCGGACGACAGCCAAGCGACCCGCAAGAGAGGUUUCUUUAAGGAAGACACACCAAAGCGAAAGAUUUUACAACGAAUAAUAUAGAGUCAUUGAUCCAAGUGAUUCUGAUAUAUAAGAAGUGAUGAGAAGUCCUUUUCCCUUGCCAGUUAUACAGGAAAGAAUGAUUUCUUCUCUCUCUUUACUAGAAAAUUGCUAUUGUUGCUCUGCAAAACAUAUUAAAAAGAAGGCAAAACAGUUCUCUCCCUACAAACUGCAAGUGAAGGGCUCUUCAAUCAAGUCUUCCCAUGAAAAUUUGGUUAACAGAAGGCUUGCGAUAUUUUGUAGUGGUGCCUCAUUAGUUUCCAGUAUAACGGUAAAUUGUAACUUAACUGCAUCACCUGCCAAGGCAGAAGAAAAGAACCCAGAAGAUAAAGAGGCUGAGGGUAAUGCUGGUGUUGUUGGAGCAAUCAAAUCCUUUUUGGAUCCCAAUGAGAAAACAAAAUCUGGAAAAGUACUGCCGAAGGCCUACUUAAAGGCUGUAAGGGAAGUGGUGAAGACACUUAGAGAGUCACUAGAGGAAAAUACAAAGGAUGUUGCCAAAUUCAGAAGGAAUGCUGAUGCUGCAAAGGAGUCAAUUAGAGAGUACUUAAGUGGUUGGAGGGGACAGCAAGCAGUUGUAGCGGAGGAGUCAUAUGCUGCUCUGGAGAAAGCAAUAAGAUCGUUGGCCAAUUUCUAUUCAAAAGCAGGCCCCUUUGCUACACCAUCAGAUGAGGUUAAAGCAAGCAUUCUGAAUGACUUAAAGACUGCAGAAGCCUCUCUGUAAUAUAGCCAUGGUCCCUAGUAACCUUGCAAUCUCUAUGUUAUGGUGAGUUCAUUUGAUAGCUAAUAUGAAGCUGUAUCUGUGAAUGUCCUGUGUCUUUUUGGCCAAAUGAUGAGUCUAGGAAUUGUUGCAUCUUACUCAAACUCAA